AGUUGCCCCUGUAUGUAACCUGACGUGUCGAGUGGCAUGAAUUCUUGGCAUAGUAAUUGAGAACAAUGAGAUUCCUUGACGAUAUCUUCCAUAUCCCAUUAUCAAAGAACAUAUAUACAUAUUACUACCAGUCUAAGGCGAUUCGAACAAUCGACUUGUGGAUCAUAGAAGACACGCAAUUGCUCAAAGGCUUGCAUUGAAAAGGCUUUGUUCGAAGUUAGUUCAUCCGUCCAAUGUCAGUAAUGUAAGGAAGGGUGCUGCAGUGGGUGAAGUGGAUGAGCUGCCUAAGGUUAGAGCCUCAUGCAUUCAAUUGCAAACCGUGAAUCGAACAGCUCAAACAACAGACCGGUUACGGUGGUUAGACCUGUACAUUUUGAGCAUCAAGGUAACAAGGGAGAAAGUUAUCGUCCACCCAAAACAGAUGUCUCCCACAUUGGAUCCAGACAGACAAACAAACAUGACCACAUACGAGCUCAAUUACAUACAACCCGCAUCAGUGAUGGCGACGACGCGUGCCACUAGAUGGGCUCUAGCUCCAGCUGUAGCUGCAGCUCCAGGACCAGGUCCAGGUGCAGCUCCAGCAGGGCACCGACGACAGGCGCCCGGGCAGGCGCAAAAGGCCACUGGAAGUCAGGGCCAAGCGGUGCAAGCCGGGCAGCGCCAUAGCACACGCAAUUACAGCGCUGCAGCUGCCACUGCGAAACAUGCACACAUCGCAGAAACCGCGACAGAAUAUACAACGCGGUCAGGACGACGCCAUUCUGCUCGCAUGAAGCGCCCGUUGGAUGUCAUCAAUCCGAACCCGGACCCUACAAAGGUCAAGAGGUCGAGGAUUGCGGUCGAAAUCAAGGCACUGCCACAGUUCGAGCCCCCAAGCCCGCCGAGAUCAAUUGUCGUGCGAGCACCACCGCCGCCAGCGACCGCAGCCGACGUGACGACGCAGAGGCAGACGCAGAGGCAGCAAAAGACGCAGCAAAACAAACCCCCUCCUUCGCCCUCUCCGCCGCCCGCCACCGCUGCUGAGGUAGCAACUCAGUCCAAGACGGCUCACAAAUCACCCACAAGUCACCAGAAGAAAGUCCAGAAUGGAAUCAGACACGAGUUGGACCGAUUGCAGCCCACUGCCGCCGAUGCAGGUCUGGCGAAGGAGCAGGGCCGUAAGCUGAGAUCGCAGGAGGCCACGCGGUUCAAGAGCGAAUUGUCAGCCUAUUUCCCCGAUUAUGACGAAGUAAUCGGGAAUGAUGCUAAGGAACACCACACCCUCAAUGUCGACACUCCCAUUCUGAUCGCUGACUCGGCGGCGUCCCCACACCGGGCCUCCCACCCGCGACAGGCUGCUGCUGCCGCAUCCCAACACAAGAACCGCACAAAGAACACUGCCGGCCAUCGGCGUUGGAGCAACACCUGGAUCUCUAAUACUGAGAGCCACACGGUAAAACCAUAUGGCGACCAACUGUACACAAGUCUGUGCGAUGCACAGCGAAUCGACCUUCCACUUCUUGCAGGAAGACACGAUGAGGGGGAGGAUCCCCUGCCGGAUUCGCUCUACGGGACUGCCCACAGAAGGGCUGAGAGGCUAGAGAAGACGAUUCGGAACACUGAAAAAGGCCGCGCCCAACAUGAGAAGGAUCAAAUCAUCCGCAUCCUUGGCGAACUACAGGGUCCUGACUGGCUGAGGACAAUGGGCGUCAAUGGUGUCACAGAAAGCAAGAAGAAGAGUUUUGAACCUGCAAGAAACCACUUCAUCAAGGGUUGCCAGGCAAUACUGGAUAAGUUCCGGUGGUGGACUCGGGAGGAGAAAAGGCGGAAGCUCGAACGUGACAGAGCACUGGCCGAGGAAGUCGCUAGCUCGGAUUCGGAAGAGGCAGAGGAAGAAGAAGAAGAAGAAGACGGGGACCACGUCGAAGAAGACGAAAUUCCAGAUAGUGAGGAGGAUGAGGAAAUGUUCGAUGUGGAAAAGGGGAAGCACAACCCUGCCGACGACAGUGACGGCGAUCCGCCAGAUUCAAGCGAUGUUGAUGUGAGUAUCGCAAAACAGCUGCAGGAGGAAGCACUGGCCAGGGUCAAGCGUGCGCCGUCAGUGUCAAACAAAAGGCCACGCAGAGAACCCUCGCCCUCACCCAUGCUUCAGCCGCCAAGGGUGUUCAAGUCGUUCUUUGAGAAGCGACACGAGCGAGAUGCAGCCCUGAGCAGGCCUCGUCGGAGCAGGCGCGCAGUCAUGGCAUGGGGUCACAACAUUCCUGAUGCUCUGGAUGAGAAUUUUGAGCUUUCAGAAGAGUAUCGGGAUGAUGAGACUAUGCAAGCUCGGGAGCGGAAGAAGAGGAGAGAGCGGCGGGGCAGUAGGCGUUGAGGUGCUGAUGUUUCUGUGGUGUUUGGGGUAAAUGGUUGCCUGGUACUAAGGCAUGAUACCUUUGGUUUGGCUGGCGUAUGGGAUGUGUACUUUGUGGCCCAAUUCAUGUGUUGAUAGCAUGCAUUUGUGGUUAGAUUGGUGGUUGUUUGACAGAAGAGCAAGUUUAGUGGUCAGCCUUUUGGUGAUCUCGACUGUGGCUGGUUGAUAGCAUUUGAUGGUCGGGCGAUGUGUGACGCCCAUCAGGCUCACUUGUAUUAUCUUGACCCAACUGUAUAUACGGGAACUGUUAGCAACAAGGGAGCAAACAAUGAAACAUAUCGUAACAUGAGUUAUGCCAUCCUGGUGCAGGUGAAUGCUGACUAAACAACUGUACUUGCAGGAUU